CCUUUGUCUUAUAUUUUCAGCUUUUUCUAGAUAAAUACCACAAACAAUAAAAGAAUAUAUUUGGUUCCACAACAAACUGAAAAAAUCUUUCAGGAGCACUUAAACAUCUUCCCCAGAGUUCGAACAAUUGAUUCUUAUCUCAAAAAUAAUCAAAAAAAUACUCAAAUCAUCAAAAACUCCUUUACCAUCAGGGCGUUGGAAAUUUUGUCGUGCCUUUUUGCGAAGAAAUAUUACUUGAAAAACCAAGAGAAAAUUAACUCUUCGAUUGAACAAUAAAAAGAUAUGGGAUCCUGCUGCAGUGGACAAAAUGACGAAGACUCUGACAAUAAAUAUGGAAAGGCGAAAACUCACGAUCCGUCCUUCGAUGGCCCAAUUCAUAAACGGUCCUGCACUGACAUCUUGUGUUGUUUGAUUUUCUUUAUCUUUAUCCUCGGAUUCAUUGUUGUCGGAAUAUUCGCUUGGCUGAAUGGGGAUCCGAUCAUUUUAUUGUAUCCAACAGACAAUAAUGGUAGAAUUUGUGGUGUGAAAUAUGGAGAUCUAGAUUUAUCGAACAAGACCAAUGUAUUCUUCUUUGACCUGACAAAAUGCGCAAGUCCUGCCAGUUUGCUGAAAUUUCAAUGUGCAACAACACAGAUCUGUGUGAACUCCUGUCCCAACUCGACAUGGACUUAUUAUCAAGAUGUUCCACAGCUUACAGCAGCACUGGCAGGAGUUAUAGCCACCGGUGUGACUUCUCCCACUAACCUACAAAUCUCUAACUUUGCCGUCAGUAAUCUGGGUGUGGAUUGGUCGAAAUACUUCUGCACAUAUGGAUAUGAUGUCAGAACAGAAUUCGAGAGCAGGUCUAAUGGCUUUCAAGAUCUUAUCGAUAUCAUACAAGAAGGGAAAUGUGCUCCAUAUUACAUUCCUAUGACCCCAUUGGUUGGGAGAUGCAUUCCUACAGUUCUUAAAGACGCCGCAUCCUUCACUUCAAAGACUGUUUCUGGUGAAAGCACUGUAGUUGUGGACGCUCUGAACAACACAGUCACAGGAGAUGCUUUGAAUAAUGGAAGCUUGAUCGUUCAAGCGUAUCUGAAUGCUCAAGAAGUGGGGAUGAAAAUAUUUGCUGAUUUUACAGUAGCAUGGUACUGGGUGCUAGCGGGCCUCGGUGUCGCUGCUGUUGUAUCAUUUCUAUGGAUUGUGAUAAUGAGAUGGGUUGCAGGCCCCAUGAUAUGGAUAACUAUCAUUGCUUUACUUGGAGUAUUUGGAUUUGGAAUCUAUUAUUGCUAUACUGAAUGGCAGCGUUUGUUAAAUGUUGAUGGAGCGGAUCGUUCUGUUAUAGCUAUUGGUUUCACAAGUGACCUCAAUCAAUAUCUUGCUCUACAGGACACUUGGUUAGCUUUCUUCAUCAUUCUCUGCAUCCUUGGAGGAGUCUUCCUUCUCCUUGUGAUCUUUUUGAGGAAGAGAAUUCUCAUUGCUAUACAGAUUAUCAAGUCUGCCAGCAAAGCUGUUGGCAUGAUGAUAUCAACUCUCUUCUACCCUCUAGUGACCUUUGUCCUAGCUGUGAUUGUUGUUUCCUUCUGGGCUGCGACUGCUUUGUUCCUGGCAUCAUCUGGUGAUCCAGUGUAUAGGGUGAUUGACUCAAAUGAAACAAGGGUGGCAGCUGAGGCUACUCCUCUAAACAACACAAAUUGCAAUGUUACGCUAUGGAAUCAGGCUAAUCACACAUAUGCAAAUGACAGCUCAAUAAAAUGUGCCUUCAUUGAGUAUGGAGGAGACUCGGUAUUUCAUCAAAACACCCUCUGGCUUCAGAUUGCCUGCUUGUUUGGAUUGUUCUGGCUUUUGAACUGGGUCAUUGCUCUUGGUGAAUGCACUUUAGCUGGUGCGUUUGCUUCAUAUUAUUGGGCCUUCAAGAAACCUCGAGACAUUCCUGCACUUCCAUUGUUCGGCGCAUUUGGCAGAACAUUGAGGUACCACACUGGAUCUCUAGCAUUUGGAGCAUUUAUCAUUGCUCUGAUACAGAUAAUACGAGUUAUGCUUGAGUACAUUGAUCAUAAAGUGAAAAGUUCCGAAAGCAAAGUAGCCAAGUUUGUCAUUAAAUGCUGCAAAUGCUGUUUUUGGUGUCUGGAAAAAUUCAUGAAGUUCUUGAACAGGAAUGCAUACAUUAUGGUUGCAGUCUAUGGCAAGAACUUCUGCUGGUCUGCAAAGGAAGCCUUCAAACUAAUCAUGAGAAAUAUUAUUAGAGUUGCCGUUGUUGAUAAAGUAACAGAUUUCUUGCUUUUUAUGGGUAAAUUGAUUGUAACAUCCGGUUUGGUUGCUUUGAGUUGGGCUUUCUUCAGCAACCAGAUAUCGUUUGUAUCUGGAUAUGUGCCUUCCUUGAAUUACUACUGGCUACCAAUUGUGGUGAUUGGAAUUGGUGCCUACAUAGUUGCAGCUGGAUUUUUCAACACUUAUGGAAUGGCAGUGGACACAAUCUUCUUAUGCUUCUUGGAAGACUUGGAACGCAAUGAUGGAACGCCGGAGCGUCCAUAUUUUGCAAAUAAAGAAUUACUUGAAUUAUUUGGAAGAAAAAAUACACAAACAGAUCGAGAGCCUAUUUAUGAAGAAGUUGAAUAAACUCCUUCUUUUAUAGCUGUUAAUAAAACGAAUACUUCACUCUCAAAUUUUAAUCUAGUUCUGAGAUGAAACUACUGCAUUAUUCAGCCAUUGGUUACUUAUUAAUUUUGUUACAAUUUAUUUUGUAUUUGUUGAAUGAACUGCAUGAUUUUCAGAGCUGUGACAAUCUUCAGAGCUGUGGCGAAAUUUUUUUUACGAAAUGAGGGCAGUGAUACUUUUUGUUAAAUAAUACAGUAAAAAAAUUUUGUUCUUCUGAUUGAUAUAAAACAUGAUGCCCUGGAGAGAAUUUUUCGCAGUAUACUUCGGGUUGAAAUUGAAAUCGAAAAUGGUGACAGUAAACAUAUAAAAUUACUUUUUUGGCAUGUUGGAGGUUGAAUAAACAUAAAACUCUAAAUAAAUUCUUAAAGUAAACAUAUGAAAUGGCAUUCAUUGCGGAAUGGAUGGUUUGCACAAAGGCUUUCCUGCAAAUCACAUUCUGCUGCUGGAAUAUAUUUCUGGGAUUCGGCAAAGUUUAUUGUUCCUUUAACAUGCUUCUUCAUUGUGCUAUUCAAUUUCUAUUACUGCUAUACACUAGCUUAUUAGAUAUUUUCAGUGUGAUUUUUUGUAGAUGUAUAUUUUUUAUUUUUGAAUGUACAUAUAUGCUUAUAAAUAGGUUACUGUAGAUAUAUAUAAGUUUACUUUAAAGUUAGUAGUGCAAGUUAAAACCUAAAUUUUGUGCCUGCUUUUUUUCCUGCAUUUCUCAUACCAACUUUUUGUUACUGGUAUAUCAUUUUGGAACUUUUCAUUGUGUUUACCUUAAUUUGGUCACGCUGAGAAUCACUAUUUUGUAAGAUUUUAUCACAAAAUUUUGUUGCAUUUUUAUAAUUAUGCAUGAUAUUUGUGAAUGAAAAUUUCUUCAAUCUGUGUGAACCACUGUACUAAAUUUUUUUUCGUUACAAAAUUUAGAAUGAAAUUGUUAUCAGCUGUCAUAUAUUGCGAUAUGCAAUCGUUCCAUUUUUUAUGUCUUAUAACAAUCUGUGUCAUACCUACCCAUCAAACUGGCUAGCAGGCAAAAUUAAUGAAUGAAUAAUUGAGAAAACUACUGCAACAAAAAAUUGUCAAAUAAAAUCAAAUCACAGUCAUUUCAUUUUAAAAUAAUAAAUAAUCAACAAAAUCAUAUAAUUAUUUAUUCAUUUUAAAAAACUGGUAUCUGUCCGCAACUCUUUUUGAAAAGAAUGGGAAAAAACACCAAUUCAAAAACUUAAUUGUCAUUCGAAUGAAAUUUUACAGUUGCUUUAAAAAUCUGUACUUUGUUUUCAACCUUCCACUUGGAUCCUUAAACAGCUGUGUUAAUUUCAAAAAUAUUAUGAUUCGGAAAUGAUCUCAGAAAUUUAGACUUCCAUUGCAUGAGAAUUUUGAAUAGGUUUUUGACAGGAUAUAUAGUUCUUCCAUUGCACCAAAAAUCUCACCUAAAAUAUUGCAAAUCUUUUUUAAAAAUUGUUACUAUUACAUAUAUAUUGCUAAAAACUGGUAUCAUUUUGUGAGCCUCAUCAUUAUUUUCAUAUUAGUAUCAUCAGCUCAAGUCGGGCAGAACCCAGCGGUGGGGUUUGGGGGGAUUGUAUGGGUUUGUGCGUUCAUUCUUGUUUUCGACAUGUUUUUCUGAAAUGUUGAACCUAUUGCUUUGAUACAAAACCUGUUCUUAGGAAUUCGAAUCACAUCACUGACUGCACCCCCCCCCCCCUCUAAAAAUAACUUUCCUUUCCACAGCUCAUCCAAAUAUGCUUAUUUUUCUAUAAUCUAAAUAUUGCUAUUUCGGAUAUGGUGGUUUUGUUUUGGUGCAUUUAUACAUUAUAAGGGGAACACUUGGUUCAUCGAAAUUUUAUGGGGUGAUUCACAGGGGGUGUCACACUCCCUAUUUUCAUAUGUUUGUGUUUUAUAAAUAGGUUCAUGACCAUCUUCUUGAGUUGGAUUACAUACAAUUUUGACAUUUAAGGGCAACCCAAAAAUCUUUUCAUACGGCUGGUCAUUCCACGGUGUAUGGUCGUCCACCAUUCUAUUCCUUAUUUGAGGUUUUGAAUACAAAUACAUUUGGUUUGCUUUGCUGUCAAGUAAUCAUGUUUCAAGAUUUAUUUCUAUUUUUAUUAUGAAUUCUUACAUUCUUUUUUUCCCUUAAUUGCAUAAAAAAUCAUGACCAUAACAUAGCAGUAUUUCACCUUAUAACACAUAUUUGACGUGCAAUGGAGAACAUUCGAAAUUAUGAUUUUUAAGAAAUUGUAACCAUCGUUACAGGUUCAACGGAACUUUUUUGCGGUUUAGGAGACUUUUAAAAUAUCUAUUCAAUGAUUCAAAUACACUUAUUAUUGGAAAAGAUUCGAUGAAAAUCAUAUGUUUUAACUCUCUUAGGACAAAUAAGAGAUUUGAGACAAAAAAGAUCCUACAAUUUGAUCAUAGGUAAUCUUCAACCAAAAUUAUAUCUUGCUGGUUACUGAAAAUUGAUGAUUAUUUAUACACAUUUACGGUUUACGUUAAGGGUUAAUUUUUUGGGACCUCCUGAAGUAUGCGCACCAAGAUGGCGCACAACCUGAACUCAGGUUGUGUACAAGGUUAGGGUUUAGAUUGUGCGACAUCUUGGUGACCAUACUUCAGGAGUACCAUUUUUGGUUAGAAUAUUUGCUUGCAAAAUAAAAAUUGAAGUUCAUUAAGAUAUAGCGAUUUUUUGUCUGAAACACACGACUGUUUAAAAUAUUCUCAAUAUCCUCUAUUUGACACAGUGUAUAAAAACAUUUCUCGAACCAUUCAAUUUUAGUCUUCAUUGUUGAUGCCAGAUCAUAAACUAAUUAAUGCUGCUGAGAAAGGCUUCAAUAACAGUUUAAACAAUUUAAUUUUUUAGUCCAUGAAUCUCAGUUACUGAGGUGAGGCUCAGGUCACGUAUAGUUGUUAAUAACAUAUCAAAGUAGAUGUAGCUCUAAAAAUGUGUGAUUUUUAUUUGUUACAUUAUCUAUGAUAUAAUGAAUAUAUAUUGCUUAUUAUUUUCUUGUUCUCCUUUAGGUAGUGGUUAGUAGUGUUAACUGGUUUAUAAUGUACCUGGAAAGUAAUCAUCAAUUUCUUCUUUUCUAAUUUUUACGAUAUAUGAUGAUAUCUAUUUGAGUGCCUUCUUGGCUUUCUGCUCCUGACUCUUUUCAGUGUAUUACUAAUAAUUGACAUGCUAUGAAGGUAUUUUUAUCUGGUUGUAUUUCUUAUCAUUGUUAUUUGUCGCCUUUACUCCAAAUAGGUUGCCACUAAUAUGUAGGGAGAUACCAUGUAUUAUCAAGAAUAAAAUGUCCUUACAUCUAAAAUAUAUAAUAACUAUUGGUACGCCAUAUGAUUAGGCCAUCUCCCCUCUGGACCAAGGUAAUAUGAAAAUCCUAUUGCAGCCUAAAAAGUAGGUUCUUUCUGGGUUAGGUUUGUGACCAUUGGGCUUAUAGAUAUUUAUGUUGAACAAAUUUCCCUUUUUUUUUCAGUUUCUUUCAUUUUGUAUUCAAGUGUGUAAUAUUGCAAGUGACCAUUCAAAUUCAAGUGAAAAAUAGAUUCAUGUUUGAAACCUAUUUCAAAUGACACAUAGCAUAGCUAUCCCCAACGGCAAGCCAGGUGAACUUCAAGAUCUAAUCUAGUCCAUGACUAAAAAAAUGUGAAGGAAGUAUAAUAAAAACUCUAGAAAAAAUUUCCUGUACUCAAUAUGUUCCUACUUUGUAUAAUAUGGUCUAGAAUUUUUUUGUUCUCCCUGCAAGGGAGAACAUCCACAUAACAACACUAGUUUAGUUACAAGGCCAGGAUUGAGUACUGAAAUGUUCUCGAUACAUAGAUUUGGACAGUGGGAACGUUUUGGUGAACUCUCUAGAGGUAUUCUCGCUGAAUAAAAUACUUUAUACCAGUGGUUCUCAAAAGGUGGGUCAUGCUUUACAAGGGGGGCGUGGACAAUAUUUUGAUGUGGCGUGAACUAAUUGAAAAUAAAAAUAUUUUGCUCACCUUAUUUUGGAUAUUUACAUUCUCUUGUUUAGAGAUUGUGAUUUUAUCCGCGUGUUUUCAACAUGUUUUUUGAACAAAACAUACUUUCGCCUUACUAACAGCUAUUUGUAGCUUGACGCAGCUGAGAAAUUAACAAAUUUAAAAAUGGGGCGUGGCUUGAAAAGUUUAAGAACCACUAGUAUACACUGCUUUAUACAUUAAACAUGAACCAUCCUGUCAUGACGAGAGAGUUCUUGUCUGGGUAAAUGUUUUUUCUUUUUUUGUCUUGUAUUUUACUCGUUUUUGUACAUAUGGCACCAGAAAUGCAUUUUUCGUUUCAAUCUCUUAUAUUAUUGUUGUGAAGGACAGAAGUUACUAAUACUGGUAGUUAUUAUAUGUUGUAAUUGUUGAAUAUAUUUAGUAGAUAACUUUA